AUGGGAUUCGUCCGGAUCGUCGGCUCCACGAGCCCUCGGACUGGCGUCUCGUGGCGUCUCGCGGCGUCUGGCCGGUCAGUGCUGUCCGCCACGCGACGAUAUACAACGGGACAACGCGAGGCUCGAGGCCACGAGGAUUAUUUCCCUUUCUGGCGCAACACCAACACGUCUUGCCUGCCAACUUCUGACGCCUGGGUCUGGCGCGACCGGUCGCCCGACGGAUCGCGACGACAGACAGCGCCUUCGCUGAGCCGGGCAGAUGUGCAGACGCAAGCGUGA